UAACAUUGGCUGCCCUAUGACUUUUCUUGAGAUUAAUGAACGAUAAGGAAGUCAUGCAAUUACCACACGUCAGGGGUAACAAUAAAGGCAAUUACCUUGGUUUGGAUUUACUUGGAUACACCACACUGGGCCCAACUUUCCGUGUAAAGUAGCGCAGGGGAUGCCGGUAAUUUACAACGAGGAAGUAAACUACGCGGCUGCGUAAAACUGCGUAUCUAUCUUGUAGUUUCAGUUAUCACCAGGAAACGGCGGAUUCUGUGAAAGAUUUUUUUUAGUAUGUUAGCUUUUUAAGUGUACCUAAUAUUCUCGUUUCGUUUCUGAACGCAAUAGCUAAUUGGGUUGUUUGUACUUAUUUCUCCAUUAUGAAACGACAAGCGGAAAAUAGCUGCUGCUGACGUUAGCUGUUGAGACAAGGCCCGAGCCGGUUGGUGCUCAGUGUGGGAUUGUGAACCUGCCAAACUCUCCACCCAGGGAAAGAUGUGGUGGUUCCAGCAGGGCAUGUGUGCGCUUCCUGUGGCUCUGGUCAUUUGGACCUCGGCAACUUUCGUCUUUGCUUACAUUACAGCGGUGUUGCUCAGGCACGUGGACCCGGUGGUCCCCUACAUCAGUGACACUGGAACGGUCGCUCCUGAGCGGUGUGUCUUUGGGAUCAUGCUCGACAUAUCCUCUUUCUUAGGAAUUGCAACCACAUACGUGCGGUACAAGCAGGUCCAGGCCCUGACGGCUCCGGAGGAGACCAGGCUCCACUGGCUCAAUGUCAUCGGCCUGGGUCUGGGCUGGCUGAGCUCCUUCGGGAUGUGCGUUGUGGCUAACUUCCAGAAAACCACCCUGUUCUCCAUGCACCUGGUGGGGGCGGUGCUCACCUUCGGCGUGGGGGCGGUGUACAUUCUCGUGCAGACGCUGGUGUCCUAUCGCAUGCAGCCUCACGUCCACGGGAAGGGCAUCUUCUGGGCACGGCUGGGGGUGGGGCUCUGGAGCUCUGCCAGCGCCGUCAGCAUGUUCGUGUCCUCCGUGAUCAUGUACAGCAGUCUCCCCGGGGUGGAUGUGGAAAAGAAGCUGCACUGGAUCCCAGGGGAAACCGGCUACACCGCCCAUAUCGUCAGCACCAUAUCGGAGUGGUCCCUAGCCCUCUCCUUUGUCAGCUUCUUCCUGACCUACAUCCGUGACUUUCAGAAAAUUACGCUGCGCGCAGAGGCGAACUUGCAGAGCACCCACUUGUACGACUCGCCGCACUACGUGAGGUUGCCCGUCAACCACGGAGAAACUUCUCCUCUCUUGGGCGGCAGCACCUGACCAGGGGGCGACCGCGGAGGUUCGGGUGCAGUUUCCCCCUGACGUUGUCGGCAACACCUGAGCACGCUGCGCCCAAACCGCUCGCCUUCCUGACGACAUCGAGGAAGAGCAAGUCGGUAGAGAGAACGUCUGCUGCACCGGACCUACGCUGUCCUGUUUGGACAGAAAAUGGAAAAAUUUUCCACUGGAGGGAACUGCACUUAUAGUGAAUGUACCCCGUACCCACACAGGGCUGUCACUGAAGACCUUUAUACUCUUUCUAAUACAACAUGCUGUGGGAUAUUAAGCAUAAUUAAUCUCAGAUUCAUGGAGUCACAGCCACUAAUUCCUGUAAUCAUCACUAUUCUGCAUUUUUUUUUUUUUUAACAGCUUUUAGUAACCGUUUGUGAAUGGAAUGUGACCAGAAGCAGAUUUUUUAGUCAAUAGCCGCCUAUAGAACACGGGCAUCAUGUGAAUGAUUCAUAUUUCAAAGUCAUUCCCACAAAUCAAAUCAAACCAAACAGGAAAAUAGCAUGUGAUCAUUAGCUUCUGCUCUACUGGGACUAGAUUAUUGCUACAGCACUGCGGUGGGAUGCGUUUAUUAAUUAUUUCCUUGCAAAAGCACCUUCUCGUUUUAUACAUGGUACUUUUACAGAGCUGGACAUUUACUUGCUUAAGGGGACAUUACAAGGUCAUGUAUAUUGAGCGCUUGUAACAUCACAGAAGCAUGUAGGUUGCAGUUUUGAUUUUGCCUCUAAACCUCAGUGCCGGAGUCUUUGUGAAGGCCUUUCUGCAGUGAUACUGCGCAGGCUAUAUCAGCGUCUGCCUAAAGGUGUCCUCAGAGCUCAUUGCUUUGUCAUAUCGGUCCUCGUGACUCUUUAAAAUGCCCCUGCCGCAGUGGCAGAUGCCUGACCUUAGCAUCUGAGAGGGAGACCGCAUUGUGAUCCAGUGCUUAGAGCUGCUUAUUAAACUAUUAACUAAAUUGAGCAGAGCUUUAAUUGGAUGGUGCAAAUCGCCCACCUUAUAUACUCAUUUAUUUUAACAAAUUUCCAUUUUGGAAGAAAAUCGAAACUUAUUCUGUUGCUCAUGCCUAUUCACAUUGUGUUGCAUUACAGUUAACCAGUCUCUAGAGGGCGCCAGUCUAGUCUAAAUGUCUCAAGAAGGUGAAAUGUAGCAGUUCCGAGAGAAUUUAAGCGGGGAAUUGUGAGAAUACAUAGGGGUCUCUGAACGACAGUAGCACCAUCAAAAUAACACAGGAAAAGCAUCAUUUUCCUGAUAUUACAGAAUAUAUGAAUAUAUUGUGAUUUAAACAAUUUAUGAGCUGAUGUUGGUAUCCUGUUUAUUUACAGACAUUAAUCAUAGCAACAUAUAUGUUGUUUCUGUCUAUAGUCCUUUUGGGUUGCUGGCCUUGGUUUCUUAUGGGGUUCUCUACAGUAACUACCUAUUUAAGAUGAGAUGCGUAACUGACCGUGUGAGGAUAAGAAUAUGCUGUAAUUCUAGGGUGCCAAAAGUGUACUGAGGCACGGAGCUGUAUGAAUGUUUAGUUGUCAUGAAAGUGCAGGCGUUCUUAAAUUUGUGGUUGAUUAUGUUAGUUACAAGUUUUGCAGAACACCUGCUUGAAAGGAUCUUUUAUACGAGUCAAAUGAAUAUGUUGAGCAUAAGCGUUAUGCAAAGAAAUGUAUCAUUUCUCUAUACUUUUCAUAUUGAACGUAAAGCACGAAUGUGCUGUGGACGUAAGCGUGGCCAGUGCAUGGGGGAAAGGGAAGUGACUAUCUCGAGUUUCCAUGCUGUGUCUUGUGCUGAACUGAGCUGAACGUAAGCCCAUUAUUUCCGCUAACGCAGCGGGUCCUGGCUUGCUAUUACCUCAGUCUGCCCUCCGGUUCCUGCCCACAUUAUUCGUGUGAAAUGAGAAACCGGCAGCUUUGCUCUGCAUGCUGGCUACCCAGAGCAAGGGAACAGGUUUAGCCCCAUUCUGUGAGCAUUUUCUGUGGCGCUUCAUAUUAAUAGCAUCUAAGGGGAGAUCAGAGUCGGCAAAAUGUUUUUUUUUUUUUUUUUUUCCUCCUCAGAUGUUUUCAGUUGUGUAACCUGAGAGUGUCACACACUGACACGUGGGUCUUUUGGCACAGCAGGCUGAAGGGUAUUACCGGUUACGAAAGCUGUUUGUUUGGAAAACAAGCACUACCCGGGGUGCACUUGGGUUAGCGAAGAUGCUAUUUACUGAAAUCUGACAGCUGCCAAAUGAUUGUUUCUGUUACUGACCAUCCAUGAAGGUUAAUACUGGGUGUGGAUUCAUCAGGCACUGACAAAGGGGUUUUGUAUGUAUAGGUGUACCGAAAAAUGAGUUUAAAGCUGUACUAGUUUGAUUUAAUCAUGACUGACUGCUGUUUUAUCAGUUUUUUAAAUAUACAAACGAGGGAAAUUUAAUGUAUUUUGAGACGUUAGACUCAACCCUCAGUUACAGUAUGGGGAUGAUCCCUAACGAUUAACUUGUCACCAGCAGGAGAAAAUACACUGAUACCUUUUCUACAACAGUGUCAUUGUGUCAAAUUAUAACCUUUCAGACAAAGAGCGAACUAAUCCUAAUUUAACAUUGUUAUAACUGUCACACUACAGUUACACUAACUCUGGAGUGUUUAUCUUUCAAGCCUCGUUGUACUUACUGUGCCAUAACAGCCAUUGUAAAAGAAUAAAACUGCUACGCUACAUUUC